CGAUGGUGGCGACGACGACGACGGCCGAGAAGAAGCGCCACAUACGCGCGCUGGCCGCGGCCGGAAGCUGGUCGACGGUGCGUCGGAUCAUGAUGGAAGCACAGGGGGUGGGAAGAUGACCCUCUGCAUGGACGUGCAGAUCGAGGCAACCUAUGGACGCAAGAUGGUCCAGCGGGCGAUGGAGUGUAGGAAGCGUGCGACGACCUCGACCGACGAAGCACGUGCAUGUAGAUGCUGUCAAGAAGCGACCAGCCAAGCCGCAUGUGGACGAUCGUGUGCCGAGUCCCCAAACAUCCCGCCCGACGACGAUCCCAACGCGAGAGAUGCUCAUUCAGCAAGAGAUGGAAGCGUGUGCGGCGCUCCUCGGGGACUUUGAGGAGGACGAGGUGCAAGCGUUUCCCAAUUUUCAACUGCUUCCGAUGGCAGUGGCUCCCGUGGUGAUUCCCCGGACGCCGCCAUCGACAACCGAAGCCAAGCAGCCGCUGCGCGCUAUCGCGGUCACCAAGCCGCCCCAGAGCACGCAAUAUCCUAGAAUUUCGACUUCACGGUCUGAGCAAACGAGAAACGUGGUCCUGCCCAGGCCCAGAGCAGUGAUCGACCAAAAACCAAGCAAACUACAAUCGACGCCAAGCAGCACCAACAAGGCGUUCCAUGCCACAAGACUCGCCCGAGCAGCACCUUCUGCGCGCCGUUCGGAUGCGUCUCCAGCGCCCUUCAUGUCACAGCCCAUGGCGCCAGCGACGAGCGCACAUCAAGGCCCGGGCGUCGCACCAAGUCAUGAUAUUCUGCGCGACAUCAAGUACGAGGUCGCACAUCAUUCACGAACUGUUCAUACUGUCCGUAGAGCUCGCUGGCUCGAGACCAAACUCAACGCCAAGCUCUUCGACGACAUUGCUUGCGUCCUAACAUAGCAUCAGGACACCAUCGUCUAUGGCAGCCAAGCAAUAUUGUUGUGUGCGCUUCAUCAGCCAACUUUUGAUUCUACGAGACGCCAAUGUUACCGCAUGACCUACUACUAGCACUACCUACAAAUCUAAUGGCAGCAGUCGUCGUCGACCAUCUGCAACUAAUGUCCUACAACAACUACUCCUAUGUCUCCUA